ACUUAAAGCAUCGAAACAUAGCAAGAACUCAUCCGAUAAACUUGGAGAGUACUGAUCUAAUCCACCGUCCUCACAAGUGUCAAGAGUGUUGGAUUCGCACCGGCGGAGGCACAGAAAACAUCUGAAGAAAAUGAAGGCCGUCAUCAUUUUCGGGCUCCUCUUCGCUGUAGUCUACUGCCAUCCUGUAAAACGCUCAGCAAGCAGCUCAGAGAGCUCUGAGGAGCAGGCAGUUGCCCAACCGCCUCUCCAAGUUCUGGAUAAAGGCCCUGCAAAUCCACCAGAGGCAGUACCUGCACAGGACUUGAAAGCGGCCGCAGUAGCAGCAGUAGCAUCUGACGAGGACACUGACGAUUCAGAUGAAGCUGAGGACAAAAACACAGAAUCAGACACGGAGGGCGACAGUGCAGACAGCGCAGACACGCAAGACACUGACACAGAUGACUCCAGUGAGAGUGCUGAAUCAGGAGAGACUGAGGCCACUACCGUCCCACCUGUAACCGUGGAGCCCACCCUGAACCCUGUUAUUGACAAUGGCCGUGGAGACAGCAUGGGCUACCCCAGCGACUACAAGAAGACAAUCAUCUACAUGGAUGCCAAUGACGUUGAGAAAAUUCCUUCUUCCUACAAGUCCUAUGGACCUGACAAGACUGAGGACCUGAACAACAUCAGCGUGAAGACAUCUCAUUUUGAUGGCCAGGAAGCUAAUGAUGUGGAGAAGCAUCUGAAGGUGUACAAGGCUCUGCAGGUGCACAAUGAAGUCCUGGAGGAGGAUACCAGCACUCCAGAGGAGGACGAGGUGCCCAGUGCAAAGCAGGCAUCCCUGGGUAGUGAGGGGAGUGCUCCUGCUGAGGAGGAGAUUGAGGGUGCCAGUGCCAGCGAUGCCAGCGGUGAGAGCGCAAGUGCUAGUGCCAGCCAGGAGCAGAAAGAAGAGGCCAACAGCAGCAAGAGCAGCGAGGAGGCCACUGCUACCCCCGGGACUGCAGGCGCAGACAACGACUCUUCUCAGAGCUCUGAGAGCCAAGAGGACGACUCCGCUGAGCAGGCUGUGGAAGCCACGACUGAUGUCCCUGAUGUCAUUAUCGCUAAAUAAACGCACCACGAAGCACAAGACCCCAAAAACUGCUGUCCCCAGUGAAGAAUGCAACCGUAUCCAGAGUGGUGCUAAUAAGUGACUCACUUCACUGUGCAUGAGAGAGAAAAAGGGAAAAUAGCACAGCGCAAUAAUACAAUUCAGACAAGCCUGGUCCAGGGCUGUGGCUGCAUUAGGCUACCUGUAAGAAAGCAGUUUCAUCUCAACAAAACAACAUUUUGCACAUGUAUUUACAUUAUGUUUAUGUAAAAUAUUUUAUUCUACCAUGUAUCAUGAUUUAUCCUUAAUGAAUAAAUUCUUUUUUUUUUCAAAAAACAA